AUGGUGCUGUUGAGAGCGACAACACCUACUGCGACGCAGCAAUCUGUCUAUAGUGGUAGCCACUAUGCGUCGUCAGCAGUGCCAUCGAUGCGUCGCCGCAUAUACCUGGACGUGCCGACGCCACUUGGGUUUACAACCGUCCACUACGCCGAGGCCGGCGACAACAGCAAGCCCACCCUUCUUCUCCUCAUGGGGUUCCCGAGUUCAUCGAAUCACUACCGUGACUUCAUCUCCCUCCUCUCUGACUCCUUCCACGUCCUAGCCCCGGACUUUCCCGGCUUCGGACUCACAAAAGUCCCCAAGAACUUCAAGUAUACCUUCGACAACCUCGCCGCUGUGAUCUCCGCUUGGCUGAAGGAACUGAAAGUAGAGACUUACGCACUGUAUAUGUUCGAUUACGGCGCUCCCAUCGGCUUCCGCCUCGCCCUCGAAAACCCUUGUAGCGUCAAAGCAAUCGUAACGCAAAACGGUAACGCCUACAACGAAGGAUUCGGUGCCGACUUUUGGAAACCUAUCUGGAAAAUUUGGGAGACGGACAACUCUCCCUCUGCCCGCGAGAUCGUACGCAAUAGCAUGCUGACCCAAGAAGCCACGAUCUACCAGUACUAUACGUCGGACAAAGCGCUCGUUGACCCCGAGCAGCCGAUCCGCGAUUACUUUCAGAACGUUGCUGGUAAAGAGAACCAAGAGCACCAGCUAGACUUGUUCUACGAUUAUCGCACAAAUAAAGCCAUGUACCCACAGUGGCAGAAGUACCUGCGUAAGUCGCAAGUGCCGUUGUUGGCGGCUUGGGGUAAAGGCGACCCAGCAUUUAUUGCAGCUGGAGCAGAGGCGUAUAAGCAGGAUUUGCCACACGCGGAGGUGCACUUGUUGGAUGCCGGGCACUUUGCGCUGGAGACGGCGAGGUGGGAGAUUGCAGAGUUGUGUAAGCGGUUUUUGGCCAAGGUGGACUUCUAG